AUGGAAUCCCUCGAGCUCCCCUCACAGGGACAAUUGUUCCAGCGUUGGAUCGGAAAGGAUAUCGCGGACGUCCCCAAACCGGCCGCCGUGCUGGACAGGGCCAUCAUCCGCCGGCAUUGCAAGCGGAUGAAGAAGACCGUGCAAGCUCUGGGUGUUGGAUUCAGGGCGCAUGUUAAAACGCACAAGACAUUCGAAAUCGCCAGAAUGCAAAUGGACAACGGCGAUCCAGAGACCAAAUUCAUCGCCUCUACACUCCUUGAAAUCGAAAUGCUACAUCGACUACUAAAAGGCGUCAAAGCCCUGAAACGUCCCGCCAACGUCCUCUACGGCAUCCCCCUCGUGCCCUCGCACGUCCCACGCCUCGCAGAACUAGCCGCGGACAUCGGGGAAGACAGUAUCUCAGUGAUGAUCGACCAUCCAGACCAAAUCCCCUAUCUACGACAAUUCUUCGAAGUAACCAACUUCCCAGCCUGCGUCUUCGUCAAGGUGGACACCGGUUACCACCGUGCAGGCCUACCACCCGUCUCACUGAACAAGAACGGGUUACUGGAGAAACUCGCUGACGCCGAGGCCGAGGGAUGGGUGCGUCUACUGGGUCUCUACUCACACAGCAGUCUAAGCUACAACGCAAAGACAGCAGCAGAAGCCAUGACCCAUCUCAUCGGCGAGAUCCAGGGCUGCAAAGUCGCGCUGAACCGAUGGCUCCCUCUUCUCCCCAAGGAUAGGGAACUCAUCAUCAGCGUCGGUGCGACACCACAAGUCUCAUCCUCGCAUAACCUUGUCCGGGAAGAUAACACUUCACCCGAGGCCGAAGAACUAAAGGCCCUCCUCCGUAAUCCCUGCUCGGAAACCGCAGACGUCAAGGUCAAAAUCGAGCUGCACGCUGGCAACUAUCCCAUCCUGGAUAUGCAACAGAUAUCCACCAACGCCCGCGAUGGCGCGGGCAAAUUCGAAGAAGAAAUCGCCAUGUCCGUCGUCGCAGAGGUGUGCAGCGUCUACAACGACGGCGAGCGCGAGAAACCCGAAGCCCUCAUUGCAGCGGGAACACUCGCUUUGGCCCGCGAACCCUGCGCGAAUUACCCCGGUUGGGGUGUUCUUUCAUCAUGGAGACGGAAGGAAGAUCCUGGUGCGCCGCGGUUGAUUGUUGACCGGAUUAGCCAGGAACAUGGGAUUGUGGGGUGGGAGGCUGGGACGCAGAGGGGGAUUCCGCUAAACGUGGGACAGGUGGUGAGGGUGUUUCCCAAUCAUGCUUGUGUGGCGGCUGCGUUUUAUGGGUGGUAUUUUGUUGUGGAUUCGGAGAGAGAUCGGGAUGGGUCGCAGAUUGUUGAUGUUUGGGUUCGAGGGCGAGGGUCGGAUGUUUCUGAUCCGUUUUUGAUGACGAGGUUUCAGUAG